AUGGCAGCCCAAGGCUCAGGAGCAGCGCAGGAGUAUGAUGUAAUUGUGCUUGGAACUGGCCUCAAGGAAUGCAUUCUUUCAGGCAUAAUGUCGGUCAGUGGAAAGAGAGUUCUGCACAUAGACUCUAAUCCUUAUUAUGGCGGAGAGAGCGCCUCCAUCUCUCCCUUGGAGGAGCUGUAUAAGAGGUUCCAUGUCUCCGGCCCCCCCAAGUCAAUGGGAAGGGGGAAAGACUGGAAUGUGGAUCUCAUCCCUAAAUUUCUUUUGGCUGACGGAGAUUUGGUUAGAAUGCUGCUGUACACAGAGGUGACCAGAUACAUGGACUUUAAAGUGGUUGAGGGAAGCUAUGUAUACAGGGCUGGCAAGAUUCACAAAGUCCCAUGCACUGAUGCCGAUGCCGUGGCAUCAGAUUUAAUGGGAAUGUUUGAUAAACGAAGAUUCCGGAAGCUAUUGCUGUUCAUUCUGAACUUUGAGGAGAACGACCCUCGGACCUACCAGGAUGUUGAUCCAAAGAGAACCACCAUGAGAGACGUGUUCAAACACUUUGACCUGGGCUCUGACGUUAUUGAGUUCAUAGGCCACACUCUGGCUCUACACACUGACGAUAAUUACCUGGACCAGCCAUGUCUCCGGACUAUCAAAAAGAUCAAAAUGUACUCUGAUUCUCUGUCUCGCUACAACCAAAGUCCCUAUCUCUACCCGCUUUAUGGCUUGGGAGAACUUCCACAAGGCUUUGCAAGGCUAAGUGCAGAGUAUGGAGGAACGUACAUGUUAAACAAAACAGUGGAGGACAUCGUCAUGGAAAAUGGCAAAGUGGCGGCUGUAAAAGCACAAGGAGAGGUUUACAGGUGUAAGCAGCUGAUUUGUGCCCCCAGUUACGCGCCCAAUCGGGUGAAGAAAGUGGGCCGCGUUAUACGGGUCAUCUGCCUACUGAACCAUCCCAUCAAACACACUCAUGAUGCAAACUCAUGUCAGAUCAUCAUACCUCAGGCCCACCUCCACCGAAAGUCAGAUAUAUAUAUCUGCAUGGUCUCCUACUCUCAUAAUGUAGCAGCAGAGGGCAAAUAUGUUGCCACAGUGAGCACAAAUGUGGAAACCAGUAAUCCAGAGAAAGAGGUUCAACCUGGACUGGCUCUGCUGGAACCCAUCAUGCAGAAAUUUGUCUCUAUCAGCGAUGUAAUGGCUCCCAUGGAGGACGGCAGAAGGAGUCAGAUCUUCAUCUCUCGUUCCUAUGAUGCAACAACGCAUUUCGAGACUGAGUCUGAGGACCUCAUGGAUAUGUUUCGACGCAUUACAGGGUCUGAAUUUACUUUUGCAGACCCACGCAGGGAUCAGUGCGAUGUCUGCGAUGACUAG